AGCUGCCUCGUGAGUUUCCGGUUCUGUGCUACCUGAGGACUUAUGAAAGAUGUCCGAUCUUGCAAAAGAGAAAGCUGCUCGACUGCUGAAGAAGAGAGGCAGUUUGUCUUCUCUUGGAAGUCACGAAAUUAAAGCGAAGGACACGACUGGGAAAACAAAAGACUCCAUCAGUACAGUGUCCUACAUAGAUGACCCUGGUCACCAUGAUGAUAACCCACGACCAGCCGUUCAAAUGGAGAACACCUAUCAGCUCAGCCCCACCAGACGCUUCCCUGUGAUGACAGUCAAUGACAUAUUAAAGGAUGUUCUGGCCAGUUACCUCCAAGAGGAGAAAUAUGAGGCAGAGCUGUGUCGGCAAAUGACCAAAACAAUAUCCGAGGUGGUGAAGGCGAGAGUAAAGGACCUGAUGAUCCCGCGCUACAAGAUCAUCGUCCUGAUCAGCAUCGGGCAGCUUAGUGACCAGAACAUGCGCAUGGGGAGCCGCUGCCUAUGGGACGUGGCCAACGACACGUUCUCCUCACACACCUUCAAGAACAGCUCGCUGUUUGCCAUCGCCAACGUGUUCGGUGUCUACUCGGAGUGAGUCCUUGUCACUUUUCUAGAAAGCGAGAUCAUAAUAGCACCAGUGCAUCAUAUGUGUAAGGUGCUUUUUACAGUCUAUGGUAAGGUGUAAAAAAGAAGUCUUGAGGACAUUGCCCACUAGUUGUUUUCAGAUCUGUACUGAUGUCCAGGACUGGCCAUACAUUUUGUUUGGAUGAAAUGUAUUACGGCUUUUUAACGGUAUGUCACAGUAAUAUGAAGCAAAUGUAGUGUUAUUCAUGUUUUUUCCUGUUAUUUAUUUCAUCAUGGAAAAUGUCCCAUGCAAAACACUGCUGGAUUAGCCAUAAUGGAUAUUUUAAAUAUGUUAAUGGAAUCCAUUUGAAUCAUUUCAACUAUACUAAAGCUGUUACAGAAAAAAACAUAUAUUGGAAUAUAUUAUCAAUGUUAUACUCUAUCUUACCUCUGGAUACAACAUGUAUGUGGAAGUCUGUUUGUGGAUGAGUGUGUGUUCAGAUGAGUUGGAUCCAUGUAUGUUGCAGUGCAAUUUUUUAAUAAUGCUUGUAUUAGAAAAUAUUAGUUAGACUUUGAGUAGUUGUGACAGAUGGACAUUCAGUGAACUUCUUGCUGGUAACCUUAGCACUGGUUUUCAGUUUUUUCAGAAUCGAUUUUGCUACUAUUGCUGUCAAAAUUCAACAUAACAAGAAAGACUACACUACCUACUUCACUGACACUGACACAACUUCACUGCUUUUGAA